AUGGCAUGCUUUAACAGAGCCACUGAAAUAAUUAAAAAACUCAAAGCAAGCAAGCAGCAGCUCUUGGAGGACUAUAACGAAAGGCGUGACUCCAACUGCUUGGUGGAAAGAAGCAACCAAGUCAGCCUACUGAGACCUCAGAAACGGCAUUUCAUGAGUGCGUACAACUUGUCCAGUUCUAUCAAGGCUAAGGAGCCAGUUCCUGACAGCGGCAGGAGCUCCUGGGUCCAACUGAGUCACCUUGUUCACCAGGAGAAAAAACACUUUCCACAAAAAAACAAUGCAAUAUUUGGAUAA